AUGCUAACAAAUACUUUACAAUACGAUUAUAAUGAUCUUAAAAUACUCACAAAAGCUUACAAAAACCAGGAAAUCCAAAUUUUCACCUUUUCUAUGACGAAAAAAGAUUGGGUCUGGAAUGCUGGUGUAAGACUUUAUAAAUCCUUUUCCAAAUUCAAAAAAUUAAAACGAUUAACAACCGGAAUUCAGGUUUUUAAUCUCUGUUACUCCAUUACAAUGUCUAUAUUGGGAGUAGCUGCCAACCUUCCAAUUCAGCCUGAUCUGGGAUUGUCUUCAUCCAUUCUUUCGAUUUCGGCCCAUGUUUUCAAUUUACAUCUUGAAAAUUCAAUGAGUGAUAACAUUAUGAGAUUAUGUAAAAUUAUGAAAAACUAUGAGGCAAUUAAACGAAUCCAAACAGAUGAUAGCAAGGAACUUACAUGGAAAAAAAUUGAAGCUACUAUUCCUUAUCCAACGGAAUUGUUUCAAUAG